CAUAUCAGUGUUCAAGAUGGCGGCGAGGAUAGCUUGAAGUUUAUGAAUGCUAGUUAAUGUUUGAUCAGCGCGAUCACCUGAAGAAACGAGACGUGUGUGCACAUAUCAAUAAACCAGAUGAAUCCGAUCUCAAAUGCGGUUCCGUUUACAGCUGAGAAUAUUGGAAAUAUUUGAUGGUUGUGUAUUUCGGGCGUUGUGAUGGAGGGUGAGGUGAGCCUGGUGGCAGGCCGCAGUCAGAGAGAGAAGAGGAGAUCGUACAAGGACCUCCUGCGAGAAGAGGAGAUCAUCGAUGCUGAGGUUCGCAAGUCCUCAAAGAAGCGUCCCAAGGAAUCGGAUGGGUUUGUAGCGAGCGGCGAGUUUCACAAGAAGAAAAAGAAGCAUCAUGAUGAUUAUCAUUACAAAGAUCACCACAAAAAGAAGAAAAGGCCGUCCGACAGCCAUGGUAGCUCUACGUCUGCCUCAGCCCCCUCCAGUUCUCCCCACGAUGGCAUGACUGCCAUGGGUCUGCUCCAGGCCAUCACCUCUCCUACAGCUGUAGGCUCAGAGCCCUGCCCUACGCUUCCCAAGAAACCGUCAUACCCCUCGCUCCCUUCAGUUAAAGAUCGCAGGCGAGAGAGCAUGCCCCCGUCCAAACCAGCUAAGAAGAAACCGCAUGUAAUGAGAGAGAUGCUACCGAUGGUCGGAGAGGAAGUGGAGCUGGAAGGGCAUUAUGGGGGAUCGUACGAGCUGCUGGACGACGAGAGCUCCUCCUCAGCGGAGGAUGAAGAAGGGGGUCAGCUGGUCAUUGACGAUUCCUUCAACCAGUAUAGAAAGAAGAACAAAAAGAGCAAGAAAAGCAAGAAGAAGAAGGACAAAGAGAAAGAGCGGCGUCACAGCAGCAAAUCCAACGGCAGCUCGGACCCCGGGGGGUUGUAUGCAGGAGGACGGUCAGGAUCUCACAGUGACAAAAAGAGAAAGAAGGAAGAGAAGGCCAGAUUAAAGGCUGUGAAGGCAAAAAAGAAGGUCCUCACCGCAUAUCAGAUCUUCUCGAAAGAGUACAGGUUGAGCAUCCUGGAGGAGCAGCCAGGUCUCGAUUUUGGAGAUUUGAGUAAGAAGUUGGCAGAUGCUUGGAAACAGUUACCUGAGGGAGACAAACAGGUGUGGAGGGAGAGGGCGGAGUAUCUGCAGCACAAGCAGAUGAAGUACGAAUCCACUACAAGCAAACACAGUAAACACAGCCAGCCCAAACCUGCCAAAGAUACCAGUAAGACUAAAGGUGUUGCUCAGUUUCCGGGUGUGGUUACUCCAACCCCAGCAGCAACGCAGACAGUAGCAGUAGUACCGAAGCGACCAGAGCCUGCCGUGACUCUACCACAGAACGGACCGUCUCUGGCUCCUGCAGCUGAACCCUCGCCUUCCCCACUCAGAGAUCCCGAGGUGGACCCAAUCGAUGCUGCGGCUCACCUGCAGCUGCUUGGCGAGUCACUGUCCCUGAUUGGCCGGAGGCUUCAGGAGACCGAGGGGAUGGUGACGGUAUCAGGCUCUCUCUCUGUACUGUUGGACUCUGUGCUGUGUGCUCUUGGCCCUCUGGCGUGUCUCACUGCUCAGGUGCCAGAACUUAACGGCUGCCCUCCUCACGUACUGUCAAACACUCUGGAUAACAUAGCCUACGUCAUGCCUGGACUCUGAACGCUACCGGAUCAUCUCCCAAGUACAGACUUUCUCUUCUCUCUCUGGAAGAUGAGGCCUAGCUGGUAGUUCCUCACCCUUGGACCUUUGUCAACCCUGACAGUACUUCUGGUUCUCAUCAUGAGAAGGACUUGAAUUGCACAUUUUUGCACUGGACAGACCACAGACUACACGUCUCCUUUUAACCUGCUUCUUAAUGCGUCGUUUCCAUUUUUAUCCUGUCUACUCUCCAUUUUGUAUUUUUGUCAACGUGUUUUUUUUUUUUCUUUCCUUUCUUUCAAUUAAAAGCAUUUUAGUGAGCCCUUUUAACCUCUGUGCACCUGCUCUGAUUUUUAACUUGGUUUGGGUGGGUGGUGCUUGUUAGUUGGGAUUGCAGGUCACUAUUUUACAUUCGAUACUUGCCCCCUAACUUGAUUUAUAGUCUCAAAGCUCAGGUUAUUAACCAGCUUUAAGCUCCAGGGUCCUCUAGAAGAAGUAUGACGAUAUCUUUUUGUGGUUGUCAUUAUGCAACUUUAUAACAGUGUUAGACAUUAUGUAGAAGUAGGGUUGAACAAUGAUGCUACUACACUUAAUGUGACAUGCUGUCUUUGGUGACCUCAUGUAAAACACAUCUGUUCUGCUAACUUGUUCGUUUACUUUCAGGAUGAAAUCAUGUACGGUGCUCUGAGCUUUUAUAUUUUACAUCACAUACGACACGUGUGAGGUUUUAUUAAAUGAGCUACAUGCGAGAGUAAACAUACUUCUAGUCUGCAAAUGUUUCCUUUUAAAUAAAUAGCUCGGCUUAAAUCUUUUAUUAUUACUCUUUUGGUACCGAGGUUUCCGAGUUUUUCUUUAACACUGUCGUGUCUGGCUUGCUCUAUAGAACUAUAUUAGAGCUAAAUUUAAAUCUAUAUCCAGAUGUCUGUACAGCUGCUGUAUGACAAUGUUCAGUGUUAAAAGUGCUAUAUAAAUAAAGAUUUGAAUUGAA